GGCUCCGUGGCCGUUCGUCCGAAUCAUACGCCGGCUCGUGCGAGCUCGAUAAACACGUUCCACAAUUGGUGGUUCCUUGGAUUCGUCUGGAUUCGUGCCGUCACGAUUUUUCGAUAAUUCCAAGAAUUUAUUACAAAGGAAACGAACGAGUUCUCGAGAAAAUUCUCUCACCUCGAUCGAAUACGCGGUGUCGAUGAAGAGGGCCACGUGAUCAUCGCAACCGGUUCGAUAAUGCGGCCGAUUGGUUGGGCGAUGGCGUGCGCGUUGCUCGCGUCUACUUUUCCAAAAAGUGCAUCUCUGCUCGCCAGCGCGGAGGAGGAGAGUGUUGGUAUCGUUGCUACAGCUCACCGCCAUCCAACUGAACGCGGCAAACUAACCAAACUGCUGCCCAUUUCCAAGGACACUUCACCGGAUCCCGAUACACACCGACUCGAACAAUUAAUCGACGAUGAGAGGAGCAGGAGAAGGAAGAGGAGCGUACAGGAAGGGACGAGAAGAGAGGGUCGAACGUUCGGUCAUAAGCGAAUCCAAUUCAUGCUGAUGCCGAUGAUGUACAAAAUGGGAGUGAUGAUGACGAUGCUGAUCGUUUUGACGGCGAUCUCCGUCAAGGGAUUGCUCGUUGGUGCCAUGUUAUUAAUGCUGAAACUGAGCACGCUAAUAGCCAAGUUCUCCUUCGGUUGGCAGCACAAUGCGCAGACUCCUCAACCGAUCCAUGUGCACGUUCACAACAGUCCACCAACGGCUCACAAUCAAGCGUACAGCGGUUGGAUGCCGGGGAGCGGUCCAGGAGGGGAACACCACUACUACUACAGAGCAUCGUAAACCCUCUCCCCGUGAAGAGACCGUUUCUUCGAUAUAUAUAUAUAUAUAUAUAUGUUUGUCGCAAUUAGAAUUAGACUUGUCGCGCGUACAUCGUUCCUUCCUCGACUAUAUAUCCAUACCUCAAUUGUGAAGAAAAAUCGCGAUUAUUUGUGAUAAUUUAUCAUACGAUCAAGCGAACUCGAUGCUACAUUUGCUCUCCACGUACCAAAGGAUAUUUACUCUCAGAAUUUAAGUUUUUUUUUAUUUAAGUUUUAUUUCGAAAAGUAAGACUGGCACCUCGCCUCGAAUCGCAUAUAGAUAUAAUCGAGAAAAAGACCAAAUUGAGAGGCCAAAAUUGUGUAAACUUGUGUUACGUUUAAGGAACAACAACCUCAACACGUUUACCUCAACUUAGCGAUAUUAGUAUUAAUUUAUUAUUGUAGUAAGGAAGCAGCGUCUCCGUCUCGAUAACCAUCCACGUUUAAUCCUAACAAUUAUAUGUAUAUCAUCGUAGAAUGUAUUUUAUUAAAUUUUUUUUUUUUUU